GUGGCCGCGCAGGCGCAGCGCUCGCUGCUCGCUCACCUGCUCCGCGGCGGCGGGGAACUGUGGGGCCGGCGGGAGCCGAGCCCGGUCCCACCGCCGCCAGCCUCCCCCCGCCGGCCCGGGACCACCAUCCCGCUCUCCUCUCUCCCGGCACCAUGUUUAAGAAACUAAAGCAGAAGAUCAGCGAGGAGCAGGCGUCGCCGCGCGGGGCAGGGGCGCGGGCCGUCCCGCAGGGUAAUUCCAAAUCCUGUACAGUAGCUGACGAGAGAAUUGAGCAGUAUCUACUUUUAGGCUGCAAUGAUGAAGACACUUCAUCAAAUGAAGAGCUGCUAGCCGGGAUGAUAGCAGAACCUGCUUUUCUCUCUGAGUAUACUAUCUUUGCUUUGGAUCCCACCAAACAAGCUAAGCCACAAAGUGACCGUGUGAGCGUAACUCAACAAGUGUUUCCCGAAUCCCCAGGAAGUGGACCGGCAUCCCCACAGGUGUCCUUGCCGAAACAGAGCUUCCAAGAUGGUCAGGCAGGCACUGAAACGUCUGAUCUCAGUACCUGUUCUGAAGAACAAAAUCCAAGUCCAGUCCGUGCUGUGGAACCAGGAAGCAGCGAGGUUAAUGAAGAUUCUGUUACGACACUGGAUGCUCUUAAUCAGAGGGUGAACCACCAAAGAAGCUCGCUGCAUUAUUACAAGGAGGUGAUGCGGUCAUGUAAGGAGCACUGUGCCCAGUUAACAAGUGAGAAGGAGGCGCUUCAGGAACAGCUUGAAGAGAGGCUUCAGGAGCUGGAGAAAAUCAAAGACCUUCAUAUGGCUGAGAAGAGUAAACUGAUUACACAGCUGCGUGAUGCAAAGAAUUCAAUUGAGCAGCUAGUACAGGACAAGGGCAUGGUAAUUGCAGAGACAAAGCGACAGAUGCAUGAGACAUUGGAAAUGAAGGAGGAGGAGGUAGCCCAACUGCGUGCUAAGAUCAAACAGCUAACUACAGAAGUCAAGGAAUUAAAAGAACAGAAAGAAAAAUCUGAAAAAGCUGGUUUUGAAGAGCUUGAGAGGGCUCUGAGUAAUGCCCAAAAGGCAGAGGAAGCACGGAAAAAAAUGCAGGCAGAAAUGGAUGAAAAAAUAAAAGCAGUAGAAAAAGCAAGUGAGGAGGACAGGGUAAAUCUUCAACGAGAGUUAACCAGAGCAAAACAAGAGGUGGUUGAGAUUAUGAAGAAGUCUUCAGAAGAGCGUGUUGCUACACUAGAAAAAUUCCAUCAAAAAGAAAUGGCUACCAAAGAUCAGGAGCUAAAUGAGAGAUUACAGGCCCAAGAAAAGAAGUUCCAGGAGAAGAUGAAGGCAGCUCUUGAAAAAAAGCAGAGUGAGUGUUUAAAAGCCCUCCAGGAACAAAAGGAGCAAGAAUCGCUAGCCUUGGAAGAAUUAGUGCUGCAGAAGAAAGCGAUACAGUCAGAGUGUGACAAGAAAGUUCAGAAGAUGCGUCAAAAAGUAGAGACUUUGAGAACUAGGAUUCUUGAACUGGAAAGCUGUCUUGCCAAGAAUUCGCAAGAUGACAGAAAGCAAUCGGAAGACUUAAGCACUCAGAUGGACUCUGAUAAAAAGCAGCACAAUAAGGAAAUUGAUGAUAUGGUUGAAAAACACAAGGAAGAACUGGAGACUAUGAAACAGCAGCAGGAAAAGCUUUGGAGAGAAAAACUUCAACUCUUAGAGCAACAACAGCUAACUGAAAUAGAAAAAAUUAGAAAGAAACAAGAAAAGGAGAUAGAUACAAUUUUGAAAGAGAAAGAAAUUAUUUUCCGUGCGCACAUAGAAGAGAUGAAUGAAAAAACAUUAGAGAAACUUGAUGUGAAGCAAACAGAACUAGAAGCACUGUCCUCCGAGUUAUCAGAAGCACUAAAGAUGCGUCAUGAUUUAGAAGAAGAGCUUUCAGAACUGAGUAGUAAGCUGUGUGAGGUAAAGAAAGAGUGGGAAGGAAAGUUGGAAGAAGAGAGGAGCCGGCACAAAGAAGAAAUAGAAAUUAUGUUAAAAAAGCAUGAAAUGUCUGUUCAAGGAGCUGAGAAGGUACUCAAAGAGGAACUUGAGCAACUCAAGCAAUCAUUGGAAGAGAAAGACAGGCAUCUGGAGGAACUGAAAACACGUGAACAGAAACUAAAGGAAUCUGCAGAACAAUCUGAAGCUGAGCUUGUCCAAGUGUCUGCAAAGCUAGAGGAGCUUUCAGAGUCUCAUGAGAGCACUUCUAAUGAGCAGGCAAAGACUUAUGAAGAGAAAUUAGCAAAGCUGCAGCAAAAACUGACAGAUCUUGAGGAUGAAAAACUGCAACUUGGUGAAGAGCUACAAAGAACUGAAUCCCAGCUGAAUGAAGUCAAGAGCGAGUUAGAGGCGUACAUCUCUCAGGUGCAUGACCUGAAGCAGCACUUGCAAGAGCAGAGUAUUGAAAAUACACAAAAAGUAACCUCUCUAACACAACAAUAUGAAUGUCAACUGAAGGAUCUACAAAGAGAGGCUGAUGAGAUAAAAGGAAGUGUAACUGAGAAAGAAAAUGAAAUUGAACACAUGAAGAAGUUACACAACAAGCAAGUGGAAGAGCUUAAACAGAAACUGUUAGCUGCAGAGGAGAGAAUUACUGCUCUACAAGGAGAAUAUGAAAGUAAACUAAAGCAUCAGGAGAACAAAAUGGAGAAAAUUAAGCAGAAAUCAAAAAACAUGCAGGAAACUUUCAAAAAUAAACUUACUGAGCAGGAAGCUAAACUGAAAAUAGAGCUUGAAAACAAGCAGUUGGAGUUCAACCAGAAAGAAAGUGAAUUCAAUGCUAAAAUACUGGAAAUGGCACAUGCCAGCUCAGCCAGCAUCAGUGAUGCUGUGUCAAAAGUGGAAUCUAAUCAGAAAGAGCAACUGGACAGUCUUGUUGAGGCUCAUAGGCGAGAGUUAGAAGAAGUUACCCAGAGUUGGGAAAAGAAACUCAGUCAGCAGGUUGAAGAGCUCCAAGAAAAACACGAAAUGGAACUGCAAGAGAAAGAGCAGGAAGUUGGAGACCUGAAACAGAAACUUGCUGCCUUCAGUGCUGAGAAGGAGAGCUCCAGAACAGAAGUAACCCGACUGAAGGAAGAACAGAUGAAAAGGGAGGAGUCGCUGAAGGAAUUGCAAGAACAACUAAGGCAGUCAGUAGCUAAGGUGGAUGUUUUGUCAGAUAAGGAAAGUGAUCUGAAAACACAGUUGAAAAAAUUGGAAGAUGAUCUUAACCACUCCCUGAAAGAGAAGUCAGGACUUCAAGAACAGCUCAGUAAACAGAAAGCAGUUGAGGAAGAGGACAAAGCCAAAAUUACUGAGCUGGCCAAUACACUGCAAACACUUGAAGAGAAACUCCAGGCUAUGCAGUCUUCUCAGUAUAAAGAUAAUGAAAAUUAUAAGAAAAAAAUAGAGGCAAUUCAGCUAAAGGAAACUGAGCUUAAAAGGCAAUCGGGAGAACUUGCAGUCUGGUUAGAUUCUUAUUGGAAGAAUGCUGAAGCUUUAUUACAAACAAAAAGCAAUGAAUUAAUUGAAAAAUGUAACGCAAAAAUUGGCCUAGUAACAUGCAAAAUUGCAGAUUGCGAGCGCCAAACUGCAAAAGUUAAAGAAGCAGUAUUAGUUAAAAUGAGUAAGAUUCCUGAGCUGGAAGCUCAGCUUAGAGACGUAACAGAGCAUCAUUCUGUUGCAAGUACUUCUUUACAAAAGUCCAUGCAACAGCUGCAAGAGAAGGACAAUCUAAUUAUGUCCAUGAGAGCUGACAUUGAAGAACUUGUAGCAGAAAAGGAACAAUUGCAGAAGGAGGGAGGGCACCAGAAGGAAGCGGCGUCAGAAAAAGAAACUCGCAUAACACAGCUGAGGAAAGAGUUAUCUGAAAAUAUCAAUGCUGUCACCUCAAUGAGGGAGGAACUCCAGGAAAAGGAAUCCAAGAUCUCUGCUCUCAACAAAACAAUUGAUGACCUUAAUGUUAGACUUGAAAGCAUGAUAAGUUUAGCAGAGAAGGAAGCAGCCGUGAGUCUGUUAAGCAGGCAACAUCAAGAGGAUCAGUUGCAAUUGUUAAACCAGGUAAAGGAGUUAUCGUCCAGAGUUGAGACGCUGACUCAAGAAAAAGCAUCUGCUCUUGAGCAGGUAGAUCAUUGCACAGCCAAGCUGUCGGAGUGGAAGAUGAAAGCACAAACCAAGUUUACCCAAAAUCACGAUACUAUUACAGAUUUGCAGUGCAAACUUGAAUUAAGCAAUAAUGAAGCCAAUAAAAAAGACGAAGAGCUAAAUAACUUGAAGGAGCAACUGGCUAAACAAAGCAAGAAUCUGGAUAGUUUAAAAAGUGAAUUGGAACAAAAGCAAAGCAGAAUGGAAAAACAAGAAAGCGAAUUGACUGCAAAGUUAAAAAAACAAACAGCAAGAAUUGCUGAAUUAGAGGAACACGUUGCUCAGAAAACUUCUGAAAAUGAUUCCUUGAUGGAGGAACUUAAAAAGUAUGAACAAAAGGAAACAGAACAAAAAGAGAUAGCUUGGCAACUGCAGCAGGCAGAGAAGGUGGCUUUUGAGAAGGACAAUAGGUUUAAGGAGGCUGAAGAAAAAGUACUUAAUCUUGAGAAGCAAAUAGUGUCACUGAGAGGUGAAUUUGAAGCAAAGGAGAGGGAAUUUGAUGAAAUGAAAUCAGUGAUGCUUAGAAGCAAAGAAGAAGAACUGAAAGAAUUGGAAGAGAAACUAAAUGCCGAAAACAGUACGAAGCUGGCAGAUCUGAAAAAGAAAGCAGAGCAAAAAAUUGGUUCUAUUAAAAAGCAAUUGAUGUCUCAGAUGGAAGAAAGGGAACAGCAGUUUAAGCAGGACAGAGAAAAUCAGCUCAGAGACUUGGAACAACAAGUGCAAGAGAAAGAGGCCAAAAUUGAGUCUUUGGAAGAAAAAAUUAAGUCAACGAAAGAUUCUGUGGUACUGGAGAAAGAAAUGCUGCAAAAAGUAGAGAGUGUAAAAGCUGCCAUAGAACAAGAAAAAAUGAAAAUGCUUGAGAAUGUCCAACAGACAUAUGAAGAGAAAAUGCAGGUGUUACAGAGGGGCUUAACAGAAAAAGACGAAUUGUUGCAAAAAUACGAAAAAAACCAAGAAGAGAGUAAGGUCAGUCACCUAGAACUGCAAAACAAACAGCAAGAGCUCCUUGAAAAAUUGGAAUGUCUUGAGAAGAGCCACCAAGAGGAGCAAAGUAGGACUGAAAGCCUCAGGAAAGAACUUGAGCAGCAAGCCAAAAAAUACUCACUAUUAGUGGAUGAGCAUACUCGUUGUGGCAGUGAUUUAGCAAGCACUAGGGAGGAAUUAAAAGCUAAAGAACAAAAACUUCAUGGCAUAGAGGAUGUAAUUGGAGAUUACCAGAAAAAAAUGCAGGAAAAGGAGGCAUUCAGUCAGUCUUUAGAGCAGAAGCUAAAAGAGUUGGAAGAUGUAGUGAAGGAAAACGAAGCGCAGAAGAUUGCAAUGGAAGAAAAGAGAUUGAGAGAUGAGGAAAAGCUAAGAAGUUUACAGCAACAGUUGGAUGAAAGAAAUGACAAUCUGAAAACUUUUGAGGAGAAUGCUGAAGGAAAAGCUGCAUCUGUUUUGGAGCUGCAGAAGUUACUAAGCGAUAUGCAGAACCAGGAGAAGGACUUGCAGGCUAAACUUAAAGAGACUGAAAGGGAGAAGAACAAACUACGCAAGGAAGUGAGUAAUCUUCAAAAAGACUUACGUACUCUGCGAAAAGAACAUCAGCAGGAGCUGGAGUUGGCAAAGGAGGAGUAUUUAGAAGAAAUGAAGAAGAAAAUCGGAUGUGAACGAGAAGACAUUGAGUUAAAGCACAACUCCACCUUAAAGCAGUUAAUGAGAGAGUUCAAUACUCAACUGGCUCAAAAAGAAAAAGAAAAGGAAAUGGCAGUAAAAGAGACGAUCAGUAAAGCCCAGGAGGUAGAAGCUGAACUGAUAGAAAAUCAUCACAUAGAGACAACACAAUUGCACAAAAAGAUUGCUGAAAAAGAUGAUGAUCUAAAAAGAACUGUGGAAAAAUAUGAAGAAAUCCUUGAGGCUCGUGAAGAAGAGAUGACUGCAAAAGUUUAUGAGUUGCAGACACAGCUAGGAGACUUGCAAAAUGAAUACAAACAAAGGAUGGCAGAAGAACAUUGGAACAAUGAAAAAGUCACAGUAACAGAACUUCAGGCACAGCUUGCACAGAAGACAACACUAGUCAAUGAUUCAAAACUGAAAGAGCAGGAAUUGAAAGAGCAGAUUCAUGUACUGGAAGACCAGCUGAAAAAGUAUGAGAAGAAAAUGUACGUCACAUCGGUUGGAACACCGUACAAAGAUGCAAACCUUCACCAAACUGAUGUUUCCCUCUUUGGGGAGCCUACUGAGUUUGAAUACUUGAGGAAAGUGCUCUUUGAAUACAUGAUGGGUCGUGAGACAAAGACAAUGGCCAGGGUUAUAACAACAGUGUUGAAGUUCUCAGCGGAUCAGACUCAGAAGAUACUAGAACGAGAAGAUGCCCGACCACGGUUUACCUCAUCUCGCAGGGGUAUCUUCUGAAUAUCUCAUCUCUCUGUGCUUAAAUAGCAUGUGGUCAUGGCUACGACCAUCUUGAAGCAGUUGCGAUGAGAAUGUCUCAUAGCGCUGCUGCUUAGACAUAACGUUUUUAUCUGCUGUUGUCCCUUGAGAAGGGACAAGGAGACAGUCUGUGAUUCAAGGUCACAAAUGGAACAGCAGAAACCAAAACUCAGCACCACCUUGGACCAUGAAUUAGAUGAAAACUGCCUUGACAGGAAGCGCUAAUCGGGUUAUCUGGUGAUGCGUAUUUUUUCCUUGCUAUUGAACACUGUCUUCUAUUUUGUGUUAAAGGUUAUUUUUGUAAAGGAGAGAAAAGACUUUAUCCUAAUAAAGACUUGCCCACUACUGUAUCUCUAUAGAGGCUUUACUCAGUGUUUUAUAAGAGUAGAAAGAAAUGGCUUGUUUGUUCUAUUUAUUUUUUUAUUUUUGAAUAAAUUGUGCAAUACUUUUUUGGAUGGGUAGCAGUUGAGGUGAUUUUCCUGAUGAACUAGGCACUCUUUAUGACUACUUUAUCCCAGUUUGAUCUUAUGAUUGUUUGCUAAAGGUCAUUUCUAUAUGCUUUUGCCUAAAAUAAAUCCAAAUUGCAGUACCUCAUUUGUUUAUUCCUAGCUUUUGUACUUAUAUUUUCUGGAGAAAAAAUAUGUUACUGUAAAUUGUAAAUAGUUAAUACAUAACUGUAUCAUAUGCUGGUCUGUGACUGUUGACAGCACUAAUCUGACAAGAGCUGAGAUUAAAGAAAGUCUAUUUACUGUAUGAUUCUUUGGUAUGAUUUUUCUUUUGAAAAGAUCCGCAGUUUUGUUCAUAUUCCUAUUUGAUACAGCCUUUGCUGAGUCAUUUCUAGGCUGAAAUCCCUCUCAUAAGGAGCUAUCCAAGUACAUUUAACUGUAAGAAGUCACUGGGGGCCUUCAGAUUCUUGAGGAAUUGCAUCCUGUUGAACAGAUCUAUGGUGAGCUGAAAACCUGGCGUGAGCUUAUAGCAAGUAGGGAAUUUUGCUUUGUAGAAUUUUUAAAUUAUGGGUCUUUUUUUUUCUUUUAAGUAAUGCCUGUCAGGUCAUUUUGGCAUGUAAGUUGUGAUCCUCUGAAACGAUAUGCAAGUAUGAUUACAUUUCAUUCGUUCUCCAGCUGCUUUGAUACUUGCCUAUCGAUAACCAUCAUCCUUACUCUAUGCUAGUUGGCCACAGUGAUUCAAGGUCAUUAGUCCUUCAUGAAUGCAAUUUUCAACGAGUGUUUAUAGGAGCUGCAGCCCUCUAAAGAGAUCAUCUCUGAGCAUGAGGUCUUAUAAAGUACUGUUUACCCGAAAGAUAUCUCUGAGUACUGCUAGGAAGUGAUAGUCAGUUGCUGGUGCUGUCAGGCCUGGGACGUGCAUCCUGCUAUGUGGAUGCUCUGUCUGUUCCCCUGGGUACUCUGCUGUUAGCCGAGGAAAACAGCAGGUCUUCCUGACCACAGAAACAGGUUUGGCAAGUGUGUGAUGGUCUGAACUGACAGAUUCGAUUUGUUUUCCUGCUCCAGCUGUAGCGCCCAAGGGUAGUACCCAAAAAUUUGUACCCAAAUUUUGUCUUUCAUCUGAUACAGAUAAUCUCAGCUUCAUAUGAUAUUGGAGUUGUGAUUGCCUCAUCAUUUCAAGACUUGGCAUCCCCAGUAUUCGCCUCUGAUUAUCUAUGAAGUUCAGCCAUUUCUUGCAUAACUCCCCUAUUAUCACCUGUGAUAUCCUUACAACACUAUCCCUUUUGUCAGCUACUCAUGUUGUUACCUGUCAAGCUCAGGGAUUUCUCUUGUAAUGCCCUGUGGUUUUCCAUACUGUGUUCCAUUAGUUUACCGUUGGGUAUAGCAGCCUAAUAUUUGUGUAUAGCUUCAAAAAACAAUCACAGGCCGGUGAGAUGUUUGAUACAGUUGGGCUUUGGUUUUGUUUUUUGCAAAUGCACUGCGAUUCACUUUUUUUGUCAUCUGCAGGGUAUAUAGUGCCGCAUGACUUAUUUUUUAAUUUAUGCAUUUUUAUCCACUGGUAACAUAUAUACAACAUAUAUAUACGUUGAAAGGAAGAUCACACA